UAUAAAAGAUGUACAGAGACUUACUAUCAACUUUCAAUGGAUUCGAUAAAAGAUCAGCUAUUGACGAUCUCCUAGAUGAAACUGAUACCACUCUUUCGCAAAUCCUAACCGAGCAAGAAGUAGUUAAUGAAGUAAAACUAAACAAUAAAAGACUUCUAAAUUAUUUCAGUAGAGAGAAGGUUAAAUAAACUCGUACAGUACAUAGUAGAGAUACCACAAGAAGACGAUAGCCAUGACAGGACAUACAGAUUCCCCUUCGUAUCCAGUGAGAUAUUGUCCUCUGAAGCCCCACAAAUUCUUGAAAUGUUCUUUACCAAUGAAGAGUCAGAGGAGGAGAAACCUCCGGCUGAUGAAAAGUUGUUCUGACUGAGUUUGAAAUUUAAAUAAAGAGUUUAUCGCAGAAAAGCAAAAUGAACAAAAUAACUCAGAAGGAGAGAAAAAGGAUGGAUCAGAAGUUGAGCAGAUUGGAGAAACUUCAAAGAAGGAGGGUUCAGACCAGAAUGAGGGUAAUUUACAAGAGCCCAAGCAAGGGAAUGCCUCUGCUCUUGAAAGUAAUAGUGCUGAAGUUCAUCCUGAUAGCCAGGUAAAACCGCUUAAAGGAAUCAGACUAAAAGAUGCCUUAACCUCAAAAGGUUCUAAACAAAAACAAGAAGAGGAUAAACAGAAUGAGGAACAAAAGGAAGAAUCUGGUAGCAUCUCUCAAAAGGAUAAUGCCAAAAAUGAGAGUGAAAAACAGAAGGAAGAUGACGUUGAAGAUUCUGAAAUAAAUAAAGAAACCGCAGAUAAGUUCUCAACCAUCAAAACUUCAUUCGAUGAUGACGAUGAAGUGAACUUAAUGUGAGAUGAAGACUCAAACUGAGAUGAUGAAAAUAAGGAAACAAAAAGUGAUAAAUAUGAACUUUUAGACACUCUUUUUAGCUUCUUUUUAAAUGAAAAGCAGGAUGAUUCUAAAGAAGAAUACCAACAUAACCCAGUAUUAUCUGGAUAUGUGCAAAAAGUUGUUCUUGGACUUCUAAAUUACAAACAGAAAGAAAUUAUGAAAUAUAUUUAUCAUAGACUAGAGGAACAAGGUGGUAGUGGCUCAUUUUUAGAGAAAAUGAUUGAUCAUAUUUAUGAUCAAAGUAUCUGAGAUAUUAUCAUCAAAGUUCUAAAUAUUUCAAACAAUUCAACUCUGACAACCAAUAAUAGCAUAAAUAAUGAUAGUGGAGAAAUAUUCAAAUCUCCAAGAGGAUUUGGGAAAGAGGAGUCUUGAAACAUAUCCAAUGAUUAUGAAAAAUCAAGGAAUGAAAUUAUAAUCAAGCUAGUUAAUAAAUUGAUAAGAUCUCAGAAUGUAGAGGAAUACUGGAAUGCGAGUACUAUUUUAUGCGAAAUGGCCAAGUUCAGUCAACUCUUUGGCUAUCUUUCCUGCCAAGAUGUCAUGGACAAAAUCUCCAUCGGACUCGAAAAUGAUGACGCUGAAGGUAUCAAACACACCCUCAAACUCUUCAACACCAUUCUCAGAGAAUACUCCAAAGAUGGCACCAACAAGUGUGUCAAUAUUUCAGCACCACUCGACGAUGAAGACUACUCUGAGCAAGACAACGACACUCUCGGCCUCAAGCUCGACUCAAACGACAACUGCUCCAAAGACAAGAACGCCAGCAGAGACAAGAGUGGCGACCAGAGUGGCUCCAACCUGUCGAAGAGCAUCAUCGCCAAAGAAAGCGAACGCGAGAAGCAGUUCAUCGGGUCAAUCUGUGCUCUGUUGCCUCUGGUGCUGCAGCUGAUCACUGACGAAGUCGAUGCUCAAUUCAUCGAGACUUCAUACGGAGAACCCAGCAAAGUGUUCGGAGGUGUCAAGCUUGAAGCUGUCGAAAUGAUCAGAGUGAUUGCAUCGAAGUUCUUUGUGCAAAUCAAAGAUGAAUUAAUCAAAGCAAAUGUGCUCAAGACUGUGCUGGACUUGUUCGAGAAAUACCCAAACAACUCUAUGCUGCACUCCAAGAUCGAAGACAUUGUCAAGUCAUCGUUGAAGUCGGACUGCACUGAAAUCAUCGAAGAACUCAUGGACAACACCCAGCUUGUCAAAUACAUUCUGGAGCUGAACUCGCCUGUCAAGCGAGUCAUGACAUUUGCAGCCACUCAGAACUCUGCGAACAGAGGGUAUCAUGCUUACAUCCUGAGCAUCGCCAAUGAACUGGUCAGAGUCAGCAGAGACAGCUCACAAGUCAGAGACACACUGGAGUCGAUUCCGGAGUGGACUCAGUUUGAAGAGGGCGAGCUGAAGCAGAGCAACGAACGGCUGGAAACGGAACUAGGAGGGAGAGACCCGAGAGCAAAGAUUGAGACUCCUUUUGACGACAACGAUUUUCUGGGAAGAUUCAAGGGCUUCAAACCAGUUCCAUUUGAAUCAAUCAAGAAUAGGAGAAAGAACUUAAUUCCUAAGCAAGAUGAGGACAUUGAACAAGAAACUGAAGAGGAGGAGGAAGAAGAUGAAGAUCGUCUAGACUUUGAUGAAAUUAACAAAUACUUUACUUCAAAUGAUGACAAAGAAAUUGAGAUUGAUAUGGACAAUGAAGAUAUUUUUGAGAGAGCAGAUGAAGACUCAAGAGAUCUGAAACCUUCUCAUAUGGCAAGAGGAAGGUAUGAUAUGAAGGAUACAAUAGAGCUAGAUGAUGACGAUGACGUACCAACUAAAGGACUUGAAUGGACUAUUGAUCCGGUAAAUAGAGAAGAUGAUGAUGAAAAAGUCAUAGAUGAUAGCAUUAAAGAUGUAGCAAUAGAAUUCAUAGAAGGCCAAAAAUCCAGAAGGAAGCAUCGUAAAAAUAAAGAAUGCAUAUUGGAAGGAAGUAAAAAAGAGUUCUUCUUUGAGAAUCAUACUCUAAAAGAACUCCAAGUAAAUAUCGAAGAGCCCAAACCUGUUCCAGAGGCAACUGCAAAAGCAGAUGAAAACAAAGAAUUUUAUGACACUAAUUACUGGUCAGACCCAUAUACGUCCCACUUCAAAAUUGAAGACCUCCUGCUAGAGUAACCUCCCAAGUUUACAAAAUUUCAGACUCCAAUCACAAUUUUUAAAUAUUCA